AUUUCCAAUUCCAGAGAAAAAAAAAUUAGGUUGUUGGCGCUGCGAUGGACAUUAUUGACUCAUCAAACCAAAUCAUAAUUUAAAACUAAAAUGGAGGGCACUAACUGAUUCUUCUGUCACUUAUGGAUCAAAGGGAAGAAUACGGUGUCAUCAUCGAAUAAGGACCUAAAGUGCUGCUAUUAAAUAUUUCUUGUUGUUUUGUUAAAAUUUUCUUGAUCAUGGACUAGGAUAGGAAGUGAUCCGAGUCCCUUUGGGGGGGGGGGGUUUACAUAUCAGAUACACAACUUACCCAGCAAAAACUCUACAGAGCUAAUAAGAAAAAGACUAGUUAGAAAUCUCAUCUCGUAAAGGUUAUGGCUGUUGCUUUAAUUCCAGAGUUAAAUAAACAGAAGAAAAAGAAAAAGAGAAGAAAAACAAUCUAUGAAACCCAGAUAAGAAAUGGAUCUUAAAAUUGAAAAACACACAAAUCCAUGCAUACUCCCACAUGGAAUUCAUCAAAACAGAAAUGAAAGAGAGGAAAUCAACUUCGCAAUGGAAUUUACCUCUAUGUAUGGAAAUUGGAAAUGAUUUUGGAAAAUGGGUCAACAAGUGGGAGAAAUGCCCACGAAAUGAAAGAGGCUUUGCUAUACACCCUUUUCUAUUAAUCGGUUGAAGGGAAUGCUAAGAAACAUUAGCAAGGUGGAGUAGCUAACCCUUAUUAUAGGAAUGUUUGUUGGAGAUUGCUAUGUGCUACUGUAUGGUUAAAUGUAAUAAAUGAUCUAUUAACUUUAUAGUUUUUAUCAGUUUAGUCCAGAAGCAAAUUUUCUCUCCAAAGUGGUCUACAAGUACACCAUUUCCACACAAAAAUGGGGCAUUUAGCUAACUUCCGCUGGCAGAAAUCCACACUGGCUGCAAACGAGGUGCCACAUUAUCUGCCACAUGCCAUAAGCCUCAUGCCAUGUCAUUAAAAUAUUAGAUUUUAC